AUGGCGGACACGUGUGGCCAAGUAAUAUUGGGCUCCGGCCUCACUGUCCUAUCUCAUCCUUUGAUGUACAUUAAAGUACUGAUUCAGGUCGGACACGAGCCACUACCGCCGACCCUUGGACAUUUUUUUAGAAGAGAGGUGUACCACCUGCCUGGAUUUUUUGCUUAUGCAAAACACAUCAUUAAGAUUGAUGGGAAAGCAGGUCUCUUCAAAGGGCUUGCGCCAAGGCUUUGUGCGGGCACCAUCGGCACUGUAGUCCAUAGUAAAAUUGUGCAGAAAUGUCACAAACAAGGGACACUUGAGAUUCCGGGAGGCCAGCAGAAGCCUGUCGAUGGAGCCUUACAACAUGUUGUGAAUGAGACAAACAAAGAGAUGAUAGCUCGUUCUUUUGCCACCAUCAUUACGCAUCCCUUUCAUGUGAUUACGUUGCGUUGUAUGGUGCAGUUUAUUGGAAGAGAAACAAAAUACAGCGGAGUCUUUGAUUCCAUCAUCACGAUCUACAGAGAAGAAGGGAUGCUGGGAUUCUUUGCUGGAUUGAUCCCCCGACUCCUUGGAGAUAUCUUCGCUCUGUGGAUUUGUAACCUGCUGGCUCACUUCGUCAACACUUACGCUAUUGAUGAUUCGAUGAGCCACACAGGAGAAAUCAAGAACUGCUCUCAGGCUAUGACAGGGUUCUUGGCCAGCAUGCUCACAUACCCUUUUGUUUUGGUGUCGAACAUCAUGGCUGUCAAUAACUGCGGGCUCACUGGAGGGCGUCCCCCCUAUGCAUCAAUAUAUCCUACCUGGGUGCACUGUUGGAAACAUCUAAGCAGAGAGGGAAACAUGAGCAGAGGAAGCAGUUUAUUCUUCCGAAGGCUUCCAGCAGGAAAGACGUACGCCAUUGAUCAGAAAAUAUUUUAUUAA